AUGAUCGCCCGUAACAGAGCGCUCGGUGGGGUUUUACAGCGCGGUGUCGACGCGAUCAAGGGCGGAGAAGCGGUCGAGGGAUCGCUCGUGCGCGUUUUCGCUCGCGCGCUCGGCGCCAAGGCGCCCGUGAGCGCGACGGUGCACCAGCCGAUCCAGACGAAGCGUCCGGGGAAGCUGGACGGGGACGUCGGACACACGGCGAAGUGGCUGGACUCCACUGCGAAGCCGAGUCCGAUGGAGUACAGCGCGGCCGCGGAGCCGAUCGGCGUGGCGGGAGACAAGGUGAGCUGCGACUCCCCUGGGGCGUGUAAGGAUCGAUUCGGCGUCGGGGAGGGAGGCCUGGGGGCGCCGCAUACGUAUUAUAAGCUGAACGAUACGUCGAAAGAGUUCCCGGCGAAGUGCAAGUACUGCGGCUUGCGCUUUUACACGCUCGGCGGCGGACACUAG